AUGAAGCUCACUGGAGCAUUGCUGGUGGCCCUGUUGUAUGCAGAAGCAAUUGCAGCCAGCUCGCUACCCUGGCGCGGCCUCUCCCGCCGCCAAACCACCACCACCGCAACGGUCGACCUCUCCAAAACCCACGGCCCAGCCAGCUUCCUCGGGUCGGGCUUCAUCUACGGCUGGCCAGGCAACGGCGUCGAAGCACAAACAUCCAUCCCCGACCACUUCGCAACGGACAUCAGAUUCAACGCCUGCCGCGCAGGGGGCGCCCAGAUCCCUGCCCCGGGUUGGGCCACCGGCGGCUACGAGGGGUAUAUCGGGCGCUUCAACUCGACCCUCUCAAACUACCGAUCGACGCGCCGCUACGGCGGAGACUUUAUCUUGCUGGUUCACGAUAUCUGGGGCGCGGAUGGUGGGCUCCAGGGUGGUGAGGCGGUUUACCCGGGGGAUGGAGGGGAUUGGUCUGGAAUGGAGGCGUACCUAAGCCAGCUUGCGGGGGAUAUCGUGGCGAAUGGGAUGCUGGACGGACUUGUGCUGGAUAUUUGGAAUGAGCCGGAGUUGGAUAUUUUCUGGCCGAGGUCUUGGGAGCAGUUUUUGGAGUAUUAUGUGAGGGCGCAUCGGAUUCUCAAAACACUCCUCCCCACAACCCUCAUAACCGGCCCCUCAGGCGCCCACUCACCCAGUCUGGACAGCACAACCUGGCGCACCUGGAUGAGCACCGUAGCCGGGAACAACACAAUCCCAGACCGCUACUCAUGGCACCAGAUCGGGUCCUGGGAGCGAGAGCCCGACAGAACGAUCCCGGAGUUCAACACGCUACUAGCCACAUACGGUCUCCCCGAAAGGCCCAUAGACGUCAACGAGUAUGCGUGGCCCUCGGAGCAGAACCCGGCCAACUCGGCCUUCUACCUUGCCCAACUGGAGCGGUAUAAUAUCCGCGGGCUGCGCGCGAAUUGGGGGUCUGGUGGGUUGUUGCAUGAUCUCAUGGCGAACCUCUUGUAUAAGGGCGACGAUGGCACGUACUAUCCCAACGGCGAGUGGCAGCUCUACAGAUACUACGCCGGGAUGACUGGGGAGCGGGUCCAGACGACGGCGUCCACAGACCUCCUGUUCGAUGUCUUCGGAGCGGUUUCCGGCGGCCGCGUGAAACUCCUUGCGGGAACGAGAACGGUCCAGGCGCCCUAUGAUAUUCGCGUCGAGGGGGUUUCAUCCCUGGGGCUUUCGAGACGGGGAAGUGUUCAUGUCCGCACGUACCGGUUUGACUGGAAUGGGCCCGAGGGCUCCGUAGAGAGUCCGGUGGAUCUCGGCUGCGCGCGGUAUGGAUAUUCUGGUGAUGUGCUCACGAUCCCUGUUUCUCCGCCCUCGAAUUCAACGGCCUUUGCUUUUGAGUUCUCCAGGCAUGGCAAGUGUUGA